AUGGGAGUGCAUGAAGCAACAUCACUUAUCUUGUCAAUGAUUAUUCCCAAAGAGAAAAUUCCGAAGAACAACAUAGAUGUGUACUUACAACCUCUUAUCAAAGAGUUAAAAGAGUUAUGGCAUGAUGGUGUUCAAAUAUUAGAUAGGUUCAAGAAUGAAAUGUUUACAUUGCGAGCAGCAUUAAUGUGGACAAUUAGUGAUUUUUCAGGCCUUGGUAACUUAUCUGGGUGGAACAUGCACUAUAAAUAUGCUUGUCCCACAUGUUACUUCAAUACUGAUUCAUAUAGAUUAAAGCAUGAUGGAAAAUGGUAUUUUUUGGGGCAUUGCCAUUUCUUAGAAAGGGGUCAUAAGUUUAGGCUAAGUCGUACAAAAUUUAAUGGAAAACAUGAGUUGAGGGAUUCCCCAGCAACACUAACAGGGUCAGAAAUAUUGGAUCAACUUGAAGGCAUCAAUGUUUCAUUCGGGAAGGAACUACAGACAAGUAAAGAUGUUAUGCAUAUUGAAAAGAAUGUUUUCGACAAUGUGUUAUACACUUUGCUCAAUGAGACUGGAAGGUCAAAGGAUAAUCUCAAAGCUCGUAAGGAUCUUAAAGAAAUGGAUAAAGUUACUGCAGUGCUAAUAGAGUUGUCUUCAUUCUUUCAACGGUUGUGCUCUAAAAGCUUAAGUCUUACUGAACUUGAGAAGCUCCAACCUCGAAUAAUCCUUACCCUUUGUCAUUUAGAAAUGUUGUUCCCUUCUUCUUUCUUUACAAUCAUGGUUCAUUUAACAUGUCAUCUAGUUGAUGAAGUAAAACUUGGAGGACCAGUACACUAUAGGUGGAUGUAUUUAGGACAUUUGAAGUCCUAUGUACGAAACAAAGCUAAAUCAGAAGGUUCUAUAGCUGAGGGAUAUGUGGCUGAAGAAGCUCUUACAUUUUGCUCUCGAUACUUAGAAGGGAUUGUGAUAAGAUUUAAUAGGCCACCACGUGUUGAUGAUCGUCCGGAUGGUAAUUACAGUACACAUGUUGAUUCGCUUUUUCCACAAAUGGGUAACUCUAAGGGAGCUUUCACAGUAUUUGAGUUAUCACCUAUGGAAAAAAAACAAGUACAUCGCUAUGUGGUUCUAAAUUGUCCAUAUGUCAAACCUUUCAUUGAUUACUUUAAAGAUUUUGUACGAAGACAAUCUAAGGGUAGAAGGCCUUCAAAUAUAGAUAUAGAAAAAAGAGUUAACAAAAAUUUUGAUACUUGGUUUCCUACGCAGCUUAUGAACCCAGACAUUAUAAAUACUGUGCAUAAGGAUUUGAGAUACUUAGUUAGGAGUUCAUCACGAUAUGCCAUGAGGUUUUCUACAUUUAGUAUCAAUGGGCUCUCCUUUCAAACUACUAAUCGAGACAAUGAGUUAAAGACCCAGAAUAGUGGAGUUUUCUUAAUGUCUUCAACUCUUUGUGUUGCUAGCACUAGUGAUGCUAAUGUUAGGAAUGCUGAUUUGUCAUAUUAUGGCAAAUUAGAAGAUAUUAUAGAACUAAACUACAAUGGCCGAUUUCGGGUUACUUUAUUCAAAUGUAAAUCGGCUGACACCACUAGAGAACGGAACUAUAGAAAGGAUAGUUGGGGUUUUACUUCUGUUAAUUUUUCACGGGUAAUACACAGUGGUGACCGAGAGGAGGAUGAUCCAUAUAUUGAAGCCUCACAAGCUCGAAUGGUGUAUUUUGUCAAUAAUGAAGUGAAUAAAGAUUGGAGUGUUAUCGUACAUUUGAACCCAAGAGACUCAUAUUAUAUGGGGAAAAUGAAGAUGAUGAAGCAUGCAAGAAUGAGCCAUGGUUAG